AUGCUCGCGCGCGCCGCGGCGGCCGUGCCCGCGAACCCGGCGCCCGCCGCGCCCGUGGACCCGUCCCGGCCGCCGCCGGCGCCGCCGACGCCGGCGCAGGAGCACAAGCGGAAGACCGACGCGGCCGCGCUCGUCAAGUCGCGGCCCCUCGACGGCAAGAAGUGGGACAAGAUCUGCGACGACCACCUCUCCGGCGAGAAUACGCCCUCGAAAUUCUCCCAGCUCUCGACCGUGUCCCAGUCCUUCGACCAGAUGCGCACGGACCGCCUCGCGCGGCGCGCGCGCUGGAGCAAGUACUACGACGAGCCCGACCCCGCGCUCGUCGCCGAGGUCCGCGCGAGCCUCCAGCGCGAGAAGGCCGCCAAGGGCUGA